UGGGUUGGGAAGAUACGUAGAACACUUAAGAGGAAUCACUUGGGCUUCACACUUCUCAACCCCCCCCUCCGAGAAAAUAAAACACUUCCAUGCCUUCGCGUUGUUUUGUCUGUCGACUGAAAGGAAAGGGAUGUGUCCAGCUCCCAAAUCAGUUAUCCUGUACUGCAUGUCAACAGUUGCGCGUUGAGUGCCUGUCCUGCACAAUCAAGAUUCCCAAUGCUGUUAGAAAAUUAACUGGGGCUCGGGAGUGUCUGGAGGAGGUCAAGGCUCUGGCUUCCGGCGAUCCUGGGCGUGUUGGGAUAGGUACGUACGGUUCUAUUCUCUGAGUGUUCUCGUCCCAUGCAGAGCUUAUUCCGUUUCUCUUCGUUC